UAGUCUCAUGCGCACACUACGUCCCUUUGGCGUGUGCCUGGCGGAGGCUGGGCAGCGCCAUUUUGGCCGGAGGCCGUAGGAACACGUUGUGAAGCUGCGAAGUGACGGCAAAAGCUGAUUUGGCCUCUGCGCUCCCCUCCGCGAAGGGGUUGUUCUCUCCAGAAGCUGGAUAUUCCUACCUAGAGUUAUGGCAGAUAAAUUAACGAGGAUUGCCAUUGUCAACCACGACAAGUGCAAACCUAAGAAAUGUCGGCAGGAGUGCAAAAAGAGUUGCCCUGUGGUUCGAAUGGGAAAAUUAUGCAUCGAGGUUACACCCCAAAGCAAAAUAGCUUGGAUUUCUGAAACUCUUUGUAUUGGUUGUGGUAUUUGUAUUAAGAAAUGCCCCUUCGGGGCCUUAUCAAUUGUCAAUUUACCAAGCAACUUGGAAAAAGAAACAACACAUCGAUACUGUGCCAAUGCCUUCAAACUUCACAGGUUGCCUAUCCCUCGUCCAGGUGAAGUUUUGGGAUUAGUUGGAACUAAUGGUAUUGGAAAAUCAACUGCUUUAAAAAUAUUAGCAGGAAAGCAAAAGCCAAACCUUGGAAAGUACGAUGAUCCACCUGAUUGGCAAGAAAUUUUGACUUACUUCCGUGGAUCUGAAUUGCAAAAUUACUUUACUAAGAUUCUAGAAGAUGACCUAAAAGCUAUCAUCAAACCUCAAUAUGUAGACCAGAUUCCCAAGGCUGCAAAGGGGACAGUGGGGUCCAUUUUGGACCGAAAGGAUGAAACAAAGACACAAGCAAUUGUAUGUCAACAACUUGAUUUAACCCAUCUAAAAGAGCGAAAUGUUGAAGAUCUUUCAGGAGGAGAACUGCAGAGAUUUGCUUGUGCUGUCGUUUGCAUACAGAAAGCUGAUAUUUUCAUGUUUGAUGAGCCUUCUAGUUACCUGGACGUCAAGCAGCGUUUGAAGGCUGCCAUCACCAUCCGGUCUCUAAUAAACCCAGAUAGAUAUAUCAUUGUGGUGGAGCAUGAUCUAAGUGUCUUAGAUUAUCUCUCUGACUUCAUCUGCUGUUUAUAUGGCGUGCCAAGUGCCUACGGUGUUGUCACUAUGCCUUUUAGUGUAAGAGAAGGCAUAAACAUUUUUUUGGAUGGCUACGUCCCAACAGAAAACUUGAGAUUCAGAGAUGCGUCACUUGUUUUCAAAGUGGCUGAGACAGCAAAUGAAGAAGAAGUUAAAAAGAUGUGCAUGUACAAAUACCCUGGGAUGAGGAAGAAGAUGGGAGAGUUUGAGCUGGGGAUUAUAGCUGGAGAGUUUACAGAUUCCGAAAUCAUGGUGAUGUUGGGGGAAAACGGUACUGGUAAAACGACAUUUAUCAGAAUGCUCGCUGGGAGACUUAAACCUGAUGAAGGAGGAGAAGUACCGGUUUUAAAUGUCAGUUAUAAGCCACAGAAAAUCAGUCCCAAGUCAACUGGAAGUGUUCGACAGUUACUACAUGAAAAGAUACGAGAUGCUUAUACUCAUCCACAGUUUGUGACUGAUGUGAUGAAGCCUCUGCAAAUUGAAAACAUCAUUGAUCAAGAGGUGCAGACGUUAUCUGGUGGCGAACUGCAGCGAGUAGCUUUAGCUCUUUGUUUGGGCAAACCUGCUGACGUCUAUUUAAUUGAUGAACCGUCUGCAUAUUUGGAUUCUGAGCAAAGAUUGAUGGCAGCCCGAGUUGUCAAACGUUUCAUACUCCACGCCAAGAAGACAGCCUUUGUGGUAGAGCAUGACUUCAUCAUGGCCACCUACCUAGCAGAUCGAGUCAUUGUUUUCGACGGUGUGCCAUCUAAAAACACAGUAGCAAACAGUCCUCAAACCCUUUUGGCUGGCAUGAAUAAAUUUUUAUCUCAACUUGAAAUUACGUUCAGAAGAGAUCCAAACAACUAUAGGCCGAGAAUAAACAAACUCAAUUCCAUUAAGGAUGUUGAACAAAAGAAGAGUGGAAACUACUUCUUCUUGGAUGAUUAGACUGAAUCUGGGAACACGGAUAAGCCAUUUAUUGAAAAAAACAUUUAUUGGGGUUUUUGUCAUAUAAAACUUUAAUCAGGUUUUAUGCCCCGCAUACUCUGGAGCCUAAAGUACAAUUUACUUAAUGUAACAUAAGCCAGUUGUGUUGUAAACUGUAGUCUGAACACACACAUGCCACUUUUCUGUUGUUGAUAACGCCCUUUUUGUGCGUAACAUUCUAAAAUGAAGACAUUUCAAACUAUACUAAUUACCUCCAAAUUUUCAUGAUGUGGGAAGAUUUUCAAUAGAAUGUAUUAUAUAUUCAUGUACUGAGUGCUGACCAUGUUGCCUGCUUUUGAAAAUCUUGACAAAGGUUUCUGUACUACUUACAUGGUUUGCCAAGUAUGCCAGGAAAAUGAACUGCCCUGACUUCAAAAGCCAGUCGAAGACUCCACUGAUGAAAUUUGAUAAAUAAACAUUAGGAUUAUA